AAAAGAGGUAUUUGAGUACUGUGAAUUUUUGUAAUGGUGAUGCAAAUUUGCGGGUUUAUGCAGAAUUGCAGGAUUUCACAGUGUUGCUAUAAUUUUCAUAUUUAUUGUAUUGAAAAAUUAAAAAUUUAACUCCGGAUAUAAUACUUUGGACACACUGAAAGCAAAGACGUAUUGAAGCAAUUGCUUCCUUAAAAGAUUUUUCAUGAUUUUGAGAAUAAAAGAUUUUAAAAUAAACAAAUGAAAUGCUCUUUGAGCGGCGCAAAUGCCAAAACUAUCGCAAAAUCGAUACAGUCAUUGGCUAAAUUUGGAAGCGAACUUUAUAUAGAAGCAGACGCCCAAGGCUUGCAAUUGCGUUCGUUCAACUCGUCCAAGUCUGCGAUGGGAACCUUCCGUUUUAAACGGACAUUCUUUGAAAGCUAUAAUGUUCUCGAAGACAAUGAAAACUAUUGCAAAAUUGGUAUGAAAGCAGCUUUGGCGAUUUUUAAAAAUAUGCAACAAGUGGAACGUUGUAACAUAUGUAUAUUGCCGGAGCCAGCAAAAUUACAAAUACAAUUCAGUUGUCGCCUGGAAACUUUAAAGAAUGCACUUAUAGCCAUAGUGGAUGAGGAGAAUAUUUCAACACCGGUAUCUAUAGAGGAGGCAAGUAAUUUACUUGUCGGUUCUUACAAGUUAUUUAAUGAUAUAUCAAACAAUUUUAAUACUGCGGAAGCCGAGGUUACAUUCGAAGUAAAUAGUAAUGGCUUGACGGCCAAAAAUUAUAUUGAAGGCUCCCGUGUCAACGAUAGAUUUAUGCGUUCUCAGUUAAAAUUAAGCCCUGUUGAAUUUGAAAAUUAUAAUAUCGCUCAGGAAACUGCCAUUACUUUUUCACUAAAAGAAUUUCGUUCUUUCCUUUCUUUUGCCGAAUCACUGGGAGAAAAUAUAAGUUUACAUUUCGAAAGUGCUGGUGAUCCCGUUAUUAUGACAAUUAAAAAAGUCGAUUUAAUUGAAUGUAAUCUUAUUAUGUCUACCCUAUAUGUUGAUGAUGUUAGCAUUUAUGAGGAAUUAAGAGAGACAGAAAUAAAUGAACGCAUGUCUGUAACAGUAAAAACACCUGCGUCUAAUAAACGGAAACAUAGCGACUGUGGAAGAACUACGAACACUCAAACUCCCAAGCGCGCACUAUCGGAAGUGUAUAGUUUAAGUAAUGCGACGGCAUUAUUCCAGUUUGAUAAUGGCAAAGGUCUAUCAGAUUUCUCAACGAGUUAUGCCAGAAAUUGCACACAGUCAGGUGUAGGAAACGACGACAGUAAUGAAGAAGGCCUUGCCUUAAGUAAGAAAAAUUCUGUUACGUUUGAAAGCAUUGAUAUUGCUCCGGAUAUGACGUCACGAGAGAAAGAUGGCGAGGAUGAAGUAAUAGCGCAGUCACCACAACGGACGGAAACUUCGAAAUUGCGUCGGGUAUUUACUCGGUGCUUUGAAAACACGUAUGUACUCAAGGAGCCCUCACCUAAUAGUCAAGUAUAUGUUCCGAAUUCUGAUACCGAAGAUUAAGAUAUUUUAAUUAUAAUGAAAGAAUUAUUGCUUUGAUAUGUUUAUAAACGAAACUUUCAUUAAUGUAAUAUUUUCUUAUUGCUCAACUUU